CAUCCGUCGACCGUGCUCAGCGAUGGCCGCAGCUGGUUCGUCUCUGGAGGCUGUGCCGCCACGGGAGGCUGCCGGCGGCCCCGUCAAGGAGGAACUUGGCCUUCGCGACUUCAUGGCGAAGCAAGCCGCCAUGGGGAAGCAGAAGGCAGGAUCCACUGGUUCCGACGGGCAGCCAGAACCCAAGAGAGCAAGGACGUCUGGCGGCGGCCGCGGGCGCGGCGGCCGCGCGGGUUCGGCUGCGAAGCCGCCUGGUGCUGCUGCUGUUGCCGAGCCGCCAGGGCCGCCACAGAAGAAAGCUGCUGCUGGAACGCCGCCACCAGUCAAGGCUUCAGCGGUGCCUCCGCCGAUGAAGUCGUCGCCAGCGAAGGCGGCGCUGCCUCGGAAGGCGGUGGCGGCCGCCGCGGCCGCAGUGCGCGGAGCUAACAUGGAUCCAGCUGGGCGCCUCAGGAAGUGGGCGGCCUUCAUGCGGAGCCGCAAAGAGUCUAAAGGCACUGCUCGCGGCGAGAAGGUUCCCGAGAACCUCAGUCAGGUCGUCGACAGCGACCCGCAGAAGUGGUUCGAGACCUGGGUGAAGCAGCAAUGCUCCUGGGGGAAGGUCGCCAUCGAGGAGAAGCGGAAGUCGUCGCAGACUUCUGACAUCAGCUCGGCUGGCGAGUGGACUUGGGGCUGGCAGAUCGACCAGCAAAUGCCGACGCAGGUUGCUGAAGCGCUGAAGCGGAGCGUGCGAGGCAACAGUCAGCAUCGUACGUGCCCUGGCGCCGAGAAUGCUACCGAGGAGGACCUCUCCUUCCUGGGGCAGUUCGGCCUCCGCCGCUUGCCUCCAUCCCUGUCAAUCUUUUCGCUGCCCCUGGAGAGAUUUUGCGCCGACGUCAUCGCGGGGGCAGCUGCUGCCUGCAGAGAGGCUCAGAUGCCCCGCUGCGCCGCGUCGCGCUGCUCGCAGUGUCCCGACGUGGGCGGCGAGAAAGGUGGCGCCGGGGAAGCCGCCGCUGCAGCGGAGCUGCUGCCCCCGGGCGGGCUGGCGGCAGGCGCCGGCGACGCUGGCGAGGCCCGGCCUUUCCACGUCUUGGCCGUUCCUCUUUUCAGCGCCGUCGCCCUGGAGUACGACUUCCAGUUCAUGUGGUGCAUACUGUGCCAGGUCCCUGCCCCGAGCUCUUCGGCCGCCGCGCUGCUCCGGCCCGUGCGGGAGCAGCCCCGAGCCCGGCCCGACGGCUCCGUGCCCCCUCGAUGCUCCAGCCGUUUGGGCUCCAGGCCGCUCCGGCGGCGCCCGCGCGCGGCGCGGCUGGCGGUGGCGUGGGGCGGGCGUGGGCAGGGCCCGGCGCCAGGGUUCGGACGCGCAGUCCAGCGCCCGCUCCGACGCUUCGGUUUGGUGCCGAUGGCGAGCUACGGCGAGGUCGACGUGGGCCUGCCUCCCGGAUUCGAGAACUUGGAGGAGGAGCUGGUGAAGUUCAUGGCCGGCGGGGCACCGCGGGGCUCGCCCGUGGCGCGCGGCCUCUCGGGCGAGGAGGGCGCCACCGUUGUGAUUGGCGACGGCACGGACGCCGACGAGGCGACCAAGCUGCUGGACAUGAGCCUCCAGUUCGAGGACAUCAUCCACAACAAAAGCCUCCUGAAGGGCGUGUACGAGAUGGGCUUCGUGAAGCCCUCGAAGAUUCAGGCCGCGGCGCUGCCGGUCAUCGCGCGCCGGGGCGAGGGCGGCCUCGGCCAGAGCAUGGUCGGGCAGGCGCAGAACGGCUCCGGCAAGACGGCCACCUUCGCCCUGGCGCUGCUGACGGCGCUGGACAUCGACCGCUGGGAGCCGCAGGCGAUGAUCAUAUGCCCCACCAGACGGACUGGCCACACAGGUUGA